UAAUAUUUUUCGCCAUCAAAAAAUAUACAUAAAUAUUGCGUAUCAUCUGUGUAUUUUAAAUCGUAUUUUCUUACAUCAUCUAUGCUCAUGCAAACCAUCUUCGAGCGAUAGAAAAAAAGAAAGAAAACGACGUAUGUACACAAUAAUAAAUAUUCAAGCGACACUAGUCGUUCGAUAUUUUUCUUAGGCUAUAAGAUAUCCCUGAGACCUGGAGGGUUAGUUUUCCAUGACUUUUCUAUUUAUUCCGUUGUAUUGAACCGCGUGUGCGUUACCGGGAAGAAAAGAAAACGGGCAUAUGUGUAAAGACGUAAAUAUGCGUUUUCCGAGGGUCGUCGGUCGUCCUCGUAUGUGUGUACUGUGUAUGUAAAAACAUAUACAAGAUACGUAGAUCCAUCAUCAUCGACUCGGUGUACGGUAUAUGUAUAUGGUGUGUACGCUGCAUAGACGGAGGACGCACUGACGGCUGACGGCUGACAGCUGAUCUACUGACGGCGGUACGCAGACUACGCAGUACUUAUAUCGCUCGCAUAGCGUGACGAGCCUUCGUCGUUCGCGACAUCGCCGAAUUUUCCUGCGAGUUUUUUUUAUCUAAAAAAUUCUUAUCGUACCUAUAUCGUCGACGUCGCGCUGUAUAUUCGCCAUGCCGUACGCGAGAUAAUGUCACGGUCCGCUGUUGGACGGUCGCGCUCGCCGACGGAGACGAGGUUAGGCGCGCGCGAUUUAUUAUCAAUCCUGACGUGUCAGAUACGAAGCGCAAAUGGCGGCCGAGGAGGAUGUGUCCGCGCUCGGCGAGCGAGUCGACAAGCUUAGCGUCUCCGCGACGACGACAGAUGAGGACGAUGAAGCAGUGAGCAAGGUCCAGAAUAACGCCGAGAAUGGUGACGCGAAAAUCUCCGAGCCCCGGCUCUGGGGCUUCGAGACCCGAGAGCUUUACAAACUCGCGCACAACUUCUAUAAAGAGAAAGAAGGCAAGGCUGUCCAUCUCUCUUAUGAGGAUAAAUUGAAAUUGGUGGCAUUCACGCAGCAAGUGACACAUGGAAAAUGUACAUCCGAAAAUGCACCUCCAUUAGGCGUCCUGGACGUGAUUGGAAGGGACAGACGAUUGGCAUGGCAAAAUUUAGGAGAUAUAUCAAAGGAACAAGCAAUGGAGGGUUUUAUAGUACUAUUGGAUAAAUUGUGUCCUUUAUUUAGAACCGUAGUUGAAGCUCAGAAAAGAGACUUUGAGGAGAAACAGCGUCUUAAGAAGGAAGAGGAAGCCAAAAAAUUGGACGAAGAAAGGAAGCUUAAAGAAUUGGAGGAGGAGAGGAAAAAGCAAGAAGAGGAAAGACUGAAGGAAGAGACUCAAAGGAGACAUAUCCAGGAUGCUUUGAAUCAGCAGACUUAUUAUCAAUUUAAAGUAUACGCUGAACAGCAAUAUCCUGGCAAUCCAGAGCAACAAGGUGUUCUGAUCAGGCAGUUGCAGGAACAACAUUAUCAUCAGUACAUGCAGCAAUUGAAGCAGAACCAAUUAGUUAUCGAGGAUCAGACCGAGGAGGAGAAGAAGAAGAACAUCGAACCAGAGGAUACAACGUGCAAAGACGACGAUGACGACAACAAAGACGGCACAAACGAGAAUGCACCUUUGAACGAUGAAGACUCGGACGAGAUUGAAGACUGGCCUCCCAUCACUCCCGCGGAGAUGUGGACGAGAAAAGGCGUAGAAGAAUUUAAGCAGAUCAUCAGGAGAGAGGCAGGCGAUGCGGUCAUUAAGGUCGGUCACGGCGAGACUGUGACGGUGCGAGUGCCAACACACGAGGACGGUACAUGCUUAUUCUGGGAAUUUGCGACGGAUGGUUACGACAUCGGUUUCGGAGUUUACUUCGAGUGGUCCAAACCGGAAACGAAUCAGGUAUCCGUGCAUAUAAGCGAAUCCGAAGACGAGGACGACGAGGAGGAGGAAUACGAAUCGCGAGAAGACUUGGAGAGUGGAUCGGUAAACGGCAACCCUCGACCUGAACGUAAAACGAUUACGCCGCCCAUAAGCGUUAUAGUACCUGUAUAUAGGAGAGACUCUCAAGAAGAGAUUUACGCUGGAAGUCAUCAAUAUCCAGGCGAGGGAGUGUAUCUUCUAAAGUUCGACAAUUCUUACUCGCUUUGGCGGAGUAAAACGCUUUACUACCGAGUGUAUUACACACGGCAGAACUUCGUGAAGAAUAAUGAUUAGUUUUUACGUUACAUAUAUUGAAACGAGAUGUGUAUCGGAUAUAUGUCGUUGUCCGUUGAGCACUAGCCUUGGCAUAAUAAUUGUCUACUAAUAAUGCUAGUCCAACUAAAUAAGUUUUAUGUCCCAAUUUGGUUCGCGCAAAAGCGACAAAAUCUGUUCACAUACAAAGAAAAUAUAUUUAUUGUAUAGUCAAAUAAAAACACAGAUACGUUCUAUAUUCUUUAAAGUUGUAAAAAAUUGUGCGCACUGUAAAACAGAUUCUUUACUGUUUACGAGAUGACUGUGUAAAUUAAUAUUUAA